AUGGCUUUGAUACGUUCUGACUUUAACUUCGUGAAUAAACCUUGGUGGAGACCAGAUUAUGAUGACCGCGCUCCUCAGGAUUUCCUCUCAAGUACCAAGUGUCUCCAACAAGCCAUAUUAUUAUCCGUUAAUAAAGAGGAUGAACUCUUUUGGCUAGGUUACAUUGACUUUCAUCAUGAACGUUAUUUGAUCGAAUGCAUUUCAGCAGAAGGCGAUAUAGGCCUCGAUGUUAUACGACAGUUAUUGAAAAAAUCGUGGUUUAAAGUUUUUCUGAGCAAUAUUCGCGAAAUAAUGUUUCCCAGAAUAAAAUUUGAUCCUUUUUCACGCUUGGCUAGCUUCAUUUGCAGAAAAGUGCUUGGCAAUUAUAUUCACAGAAUAAUUUUCGGCCCUUCUCGUUCUUCGCACUUAGCUAAAAAAGUCCAAAACCUCCGCAAUACCAUUAACGGCAUUUUCCCGACCAUUUUCUUUUCCGACCUUCCAAUUGAUUGCUUUACACCUUUGCUUGCAAAGCAGUUGCAUCAACAGGUUGGCAACGGGUUGAUUGACAAUGCGGGUCAGUACAGAACGCGAUAUGUUAUGUCAGCGCAAGAUAAUUAUGUUUAUUUGGCACCAAAUUUGAUUGAGAACAAAAUGGAAGUGCUAUUCCGUCAAUGUCGACAAAAUUUCAGGAGAGAAGGCUUGGAAUUAGAGGAAGCUAUCAAAUUUGGAGCGUGUUUUCUUGCUCAUUUAUUGGCUAUCCAUCCUUUUAUUAAUGGAAAUGGGAGAAUGGCUAGGUUACUUUUGAGCUAUUUGCUGUCAAGAUUCACUGUGGUGCCACUUUCUUUGUAUUCAGGAGCGAAAACACAAGAUGUGUUUUUACAGUGUUUGCGUGAGGUAACGUGUUUUCAUGAACAACCUAGUGCACUUGCCAGUUUUAUACUUGAGAACAUUCAUACGACAUCUUAUGACAUAUGUACAAUAAUGGACAUAGAUGUUCAGAAUAAUAAUAAUUAA